CGAAAAUAUUCAGAGUAAUUAGUUUCAUGUAUCAUUGAAUUUGCCUGUCUCGAAAAAUCAUGUGAAGAAAUGAGAUAAUUGACUAUGUGUACAAGUUAAAAUUUGAAAUGUGGUGCGGCGAUAUUAAAGAGGAUAGUAAAACAAAAACCGAAAUAUUAUUCAGAGAUAACUGCACGCCAGAAUAUUAACACCUGAUGUAUUCAUUGAUUUAAAUAGACAUACAUAUAUUUGCGUGUGUAUUGAAAUGUAUGCCUUGUACGUAGAGUAAUAAGUGAUUGUGAAAUUGAGCCCAACCAAAAACCAUGCAUGAUUGCAUCGCUGUUUGACACGCAGAACACAAUUCAGUGAACGGAAGUAAAUGGAUGUUUGGAAGAAAUGAGCUGAUAAAAUGAGUGUUUAUUAAAAAUUAUCAUUGAACAUUCGGAAUAAAAACAACAGUAGGCACAAAAGGUUGGCUUAGUGAAAUAUUUUAAGCGACCACAAAUCUGUACUUGAUAUCGUUAUAAAAAAUAAAUACAUAAGACGUUAAUUAAGUAUGGUAAUGAAAUUGGUUCAAGCAGUCGCAUGCCUUUUGGUGAUGAUAGACCAAAUUUGUGGAGCAAAUCUUGUUGCUACAAAGAGAAUAAGCGCCCGAAAAGAAUACAAUAUUUGCAAUUUGAAAUCAGACUGGGAUGUUGUUCAGAGUGAAGAAGACUGCCAUAAAUUCUACCUAUGCCUUAAUGAUAAUGCAGAGGAAUAUAGUUGCGCCGAUAAUUACUAUUUCGAUCCAAAGGAAAAACGUUGUAAAAUAGGGGAUUGUUCAACUAUGGAAGCAAUAGAUAAAUGCACACCUCAAAGCAUACGCCGCAUCAGUGACAACUGUCAAGCCUUUUCGCGUUGUGAGAAUGGAGAAUAUGUCAUACAAAAUUGUACAAAGGAGCAAUAUUUUUCAACGAAAUAUGCCAGCUGUCAGCCAAUAGCUACAAGUGCCGACCACAAAUGUAGUUGCCUUCUACCUCCUUAUGCCGUCAUCAGCAAUCCAGAUGAUUGCGAAACAUACUAUAUGUGUAGUGAUGGUAAAGCAGUACUGCAGCAAUGUCCACGAGGACAAUACUAUAGCGAACAAGUCAGUAGCUGUCUUCCAGAUUUGAUUGGCAUUUGUAUAGCUCUAUCUAGCUCAACUGAAUUGGCGAUGACUGAAAUGUGUAAAAGUUUUGGCAAUAAUAUAGCAGACUUUCAGCCAUAUAUAAAAGAAUGUGAUAAAUUCUUUCUAUGUAUAAAUGGCCGAAUGUUUCCUAGACGUUGUCCAAAAGGAUCAUACUAUGAUAAAAACAAGCGCUUCUGCCGUUGGGAUGUAAAUGAGAUUUGUACUGAACGGUUGAACAAAUCGCAUGAAGCAUUAAAAUAUACAGGAAAAGCUGAAAUUAUAUAUAUGAAAGAACAACCAACUCUCCCUACUGCAAAAGCAGUUACAAAAGUCAAACUAGCUAAUCAAAAUCAAGCCGUUGUUCCAAACGUGGUGAACAACAUAGAUAAGAGUAUCAAAAAAGAAAUAGAACAGAUACAAGAUUUUGCUUUCGAUCAACCCAACAAAUCGGUGUAUGAUAAAUUGUCAUCAAAAUUUAUAAAUUUUUGACUUCAAUUCAAAUUAAACAUUUAGUUCUUACUUAAAUUUCAAAUAAAUUAAAAAUGAACUCAAUAAA